GGGCGGCCGGGCCGGGCAGCGCCCCCUGGGCGCGCAGGUGCGGCUGGCGAGGGGCGCGCGGGCUGCGGGCGCGGCGGCGGGCACGCGCGGCGGCGGGCCUGCGCGCCAGUGGCGGAGCCAUGCGGCCGACCCGGCGGAGCGCGUCCUCCCAGCCGCGCGGGCAGAAGCGGCCCGGGGCCGCCCGGGCUCCCGCCGCCGCCGCCUCGGCCGCCGGCGACACCCGCGCCCAGCGCCCCGCGGGCCACCCCGGGGGCCGGAGCCGGGCGGCCAAGCAGCGGCCGAGGCCGUCGUCGCCGCGGGCCCAGGAGGCGGGCCCCGGGGAGCCGCCGCCGGAGCCCGCGCUGCCGCCGCCCCCGGUCCCGGCCCCUCCGGCGCCCUCGGUGGCCAAGCUGGACCUGGGCGACCAGCGGGAGCGCUGGGAGACGUUCCAGAAGCGGCAGAGGCUCACCUGCGAGGGCGCCGCCAAGCUCCUGCUGGACACCUUUGAAUACCAGGGCCUGGUGAAGCACACGGGAGGCUGCCACUGUGGAGCGGUCCGCUUUGAAGUCUGGGCCUCUGCAGACCUGCACAUCUUUGACUGCAACUGCAGUGUCUGCAAGAAGAAGCAGAACAGACACUUCAUUGUUCCUGCUUCUCGCUUCAAGCUCCUGAAGGGAGCGGAGAGCAUAACCACGUACACGUUCAACACCCACAAGGCGCAGCACACCUUCUGCAAGAGGUGCGGGGUGCAGAGCUUCUACACGCCCCGCUCCAACCCCGGCGGCUUCGGCAUCGCCCCACACUGCCUGGACGAGGGCACUGUGCGGAGCAUGGUCAUCGAGGAAUUCAAUGGCAGCGACUGGGAGAAGGCCAUGAAGGAGCACAAGACCAUCAAGAGCAUGUCUAAAGAGUGAGCCUGCUCCUCCCUGCCCGGAGGGAGUGACGGGCACACGGGGCUGCUCCCUGUGCCCCGGCUCCAGCUCCGUUUCCUUAGGCAGCUCUUUGUCCUCGUCCGCCCGGACUUCGGUGUAGACUAGUUGACAUCCUCUUUCUCUUCCCAACUUUUGUGUGAUCUUUUAGAAAAAUAAAUAUUUUAAUAUGAAAGCA